AUGGAUCAAAGAAUCUGUAUCAAAUUUUGUGUGAAAAACAAAAUUAAGUGCGCGGACACAUUCCGAAUGUUGACUGUGGCAUAUGGUGAAGCUACCUUGGAUCGAAACAACGUUUAUCGGUGGUAUAAAAUGUUCUCAGAGGGCCGAGAAGAUGUGAACGACGAAGAGCGUGCCGGACGCUCGAACACGUCAACAGACGAAAACAUUGAAGUGAAGAAAAUAGUAUUGGCCAAUCGUCGAAUCACUGUUAGAGAAGUUGCUGAGGAACUAAACAUAUCGAUUGGCUCGUGCCAUUCGAUUUUUACCAAUGAUUUGGACAUGAGACGGGUCGCCGCGAAAUUCGUACCAAAAUUGCUCAACGCCUCUGCUCACACAUCGUUGCUUGUGCGCGAAUUUUUGGCCAAAAACAACACACUAAUGAUGCCGCAGCCACCGUAUUCCCCAGAUCAGGCCCAUGGUGCAA